ACUUGGUUACACCUAUCUAAGGCUGAAGGACAAUUUUAUGGAGAUCUUAAAUAGAGAAAAUAACAUAGAAAAGUUUGAAUUAUUAGAUGUUUUGAGUUUUGAUUCUGUGAGACGGCGAAUGAGUGUGAUUGUUAAAUCUUCAACAGGUGAUAUUUUUAUGUUUUGUAAAGGAGCAGAUUCUUCCAUAUUUCCUAGAGUUAAAGAAGGCAAAAUUGACCAAAUACGAUCCAGAGUUGAACGAAAUGCAGUGGAGGGACUGCGAACAUUGUGUGUUGCAUAUAAAAAGCUCACAGCAGAAGAAUAUAGCAAUGCACAGAAGCUGCUUCAGAAUGCAAAGUUGGCCCUCCAGGACCGGGAAAAGAAGUUGGCAGAAGUGUAUGAGAAGAUAGAAAGAGAUUUUAUUUUACUUGGUGCUACAGCUGUUGAAGAUCGACUACAGGAAAAAGCUGCUGAUACAAUUGAAGCACUCCAGAAAGCUGGAAUUAAAGUUUGGGUUCUGACGGGAGACAAAAUGGAGACUGCUGCAGCUACUUGCUAUGCUUGCAAACUGUUCCGGAGGAAUACACAAAUACUUGAGCUAACCACAAAGAAAAUCGAGGAGCAGAGUUUACAUGAUGUGCUUUUUGACCUAAGCAAAACUGUCCUAAGACACAAUGGCAGCUUAACCAGGGAUACUUUCUCAGGACUUUCAACUGAUAUGCAAGAUUAUGGUUUAAUUAUUGAUGGAGCAGCAUUAUCAUUAAUAAUGAAACCAAGACAAGAUGGGAGCUCUAGUAACUACAGAGAGCUCUUUCUUGAAAUUUGCAGAAACUGCAGUGCAGUGUUAUGCUGUCGAAUGGCACCUUUGCAAAAAGCACAGAUUGUAAAAUUGAUUAAGUUAUCAAAGGAGCAUCCUAUCACAUUAGCAAUUGGUGAUGGAGCAAAUGAUGUCAGUAUGAUUCUAGAAGCACAUGUUGGUAUAGGAAUCAUUGGCAAAGAAGGUCGUCAAGCAGCGAGAAACAGUGACUAUGCAAUACCUAAAUUUAAACAUUUGAAAAAAAUGUUGCUUGUUCAUGGGCAUUUUUAUUAUAUUAGGAUAUCUGAACUUGUGCAAUACUUCUUUUAUAAGAAUGUCUGCUUCAUUUUUCCUCAGUUUUUGUAUCAGUUCUUCUGUGGGUUUUCACAACAGACUUUAUAUGAUACUGCGUAUCUAACACUGUACAACAUCAGCUUCACUUCCCUUCCUAUCCUCUUGUAUGGUCUAAUGGAACAGCAUGUCAGUGCAGACACACUCAAGAGAGAGCCUUCCCUAUACAGAGAUGUUGCCAAGAAUGCUUUGUUGCGCUGGCGUGCAUUUAUUUAUUGGACAUUUCUAGGAGUGUUUGAUGCUGUGGUAUUUUUCUUUGGUGCCUAUUUCUUGUUUGACAACACAAUUGUGACCAGCAAUGGACAGCUAAUGACAACCAGCACUCACAUGAUGUUUGGAAACUGGACCUUUGGAACACUGGUGUUUACUGUGCUUGUAUUCACGGUUACAUUGAAGCUUGCACUAGAUACACACUAUUGGACGUGGAUAAAUCACUUCAUGAUCUGGGGAUCACUGGUAUUCUACAUUGUCUUUUCUCUGCUCUGGGGAGGAAUUAUUUGGCCUUUUCUCAAUUAUCAGAGGAUGUAUUAUGUGUUCAUGCAAAUGCUGUCUAGUGGUCCUGCGUGGCUGGGUAUAAUUCUGCUCAUAACUGUCAGCCUUCUUCCAGAUGUUCUCAAGAAGGUCUUAUGCAGACAGUUGUGGCCUACAGCAACAGAAAGAAUCCAGAAUGCAUCGAGGCACUGUCGGGAGCACAUCUCAGAAUUCACACCUCUUGCCUGUCUGAAAAGCCCAAGAUACAGGAGCAGUGACUGCAGCAAUUCCCCAGCAAGAAGGUCUAAUUCUCAUUCUAAAAAAAUGAUGUUUACGCACUGGAGAGGCAUUGAUUAUUCAGUACUUCCAUCUGUCUUUGGCUAUUCAAAUAAGCAUUGCCGUUCCGGUGCAGGCUACCGCUACAGUGGGUCAGGUUUGGAAACGUCUGUAUGACAGAACACCAAGUCAAGCCUUUAAAAACUGUAUUUUUGUUUAUUUCUUUUUUCAGGAAACAAACAUGUCACAGAAAUAUAUUAAACUAUACCUGGCUCUUGCUGUCUGAGGUAAUGUUCAGACAAACAGGAUCAAGAGCUAGAAGUAUGAACCCUUCCAGGCCAAUAGACCUCUUUUUAUGUUUUGAACUACUGGAGCAAUGAACAAUCUGCACAGUCUGGUACUGUGAGACUGGUAGCACUAAAACAUUCU